GUCAGUUGUCACUUAUAACCUCUCCUCUCAUGUCGUUUUUUUGUAGGGUGGUAACUGUCAUUGGAAAACAAAAAGAGCCGAAAAUUUUCUGCCAGAAUGGAAAAUAUUAUCUCAAAAUUGCUUGUAGCUGAUAGCAAGACAAUACAAGAGGGAACGAAAGAGCUGAAGGAAGCCUUCAAGAAACCUGAAGCAAUACCGGCGCUAUGCGACGUUAUCGUAACGUCACAAAACCCACAGAUAAGGCAGUCGGCUGCUGUGUUACUAAGGCGAAAACUUGGAAAAAAGCGGCAAUGGAGCAAAAUAAACAUAGACAUCAGGACAAGGAUCAAACAAGGCAUGCUCCAGGCGUUAGUCAGUGAACAAGAGAAGCUGGUAAAAAAUGCUAUUGCACAGUUUAUUGGUGUUAUAGGGAAGCAUGAAUUCCCUGACAAUACUUGGCCAGAAGUGUUACAAUUUAUACAUACCUUAACUGUUAGUGAAUCAAAUUUUGACAAAGAGCUUGGAAUGUAUACUUUAUCGAUAAUGACUGAAAUAGCUCAAAGUUCUUAUAUCGUCCAUGCUGACUCAUUUGCUGUGCUGUUCACGAAUAUCCUGAAUCAACUGACUGACCUUAAAUCCAAUGUAGCUUACUAUACAGUCACUACAAUGAAGAAUCUCGUACCCGUCAUAGGAGGACAUCAACAGAUGGUCAAUGUAUACCACAGCCUUUUGCCUCGUGUUCUGGAAGUGAUUAACGCCACGGCUGAAAAUGACGAAAAACGCACCUGUGACAUGUUUGAGAUCAUCGAAGAGUUGAUAGAAUAUGCCAUCACAGCCAUAGUGCCCCAUAUCACGCUGAUAGUAGAGAUGUGCCUACGUAUUGCUAGCAAUGCAAAUUUACCCAAAAGUGUUCAGAUCAAGGCUGUCAGUGUUGUUGGGUGGUUGAUUAGAUCCAAAGGAAAGGUUAUACAAAAACAUAAGCUGGUGGAACCUAUCAUCGACGUCCUCAUCCUAUUAAUGGCACAAGUUCCGGAAGAUGAGGGCAAUGAAGAGUAUUUUCUUGGAGAUCCAGAUCAGUUCACGUCCAUAACUGUAGCUACACAAACGUUAGAUUUGAUUGCCCUCCAUAUACCAGCUGAAAAAGUUGUUCCGUACAUACUGACCAAGGUGGAACCCGCAAUACAAGGUGGUAAUAUUUAUGCUCAGAAGGCAGCCUAUCUAUCCCUAGCCGUGCUAGCUGAAGGGUGCUCAGAGAAAAUAAGGCUUAAAUAUCUAGAAUCAUUUUUGAAAUGUGUUUGUCAAGCAAUACACAAUCCCAAUGCGGUAGUCAGGACGCUGCAUUUUUGCGUUAGGCCAGUUUGCAGAACAUUUGCAAGUAAGUAUUUAGUUGGUGUAGUUUAAAAUGCAAGAUAUGUGCUUCUACAUAAUUUAAUAUACGUGU